AUGUCCAAACUCACCCCCAAGACAGCCUUCAAAACUGUGCCAGGGCGGGGGCCCGGGACCCCUGGGACCCCCGGGACCCCCGAGACCCCCGGGCACAGAGGGGGCAGCCCGGAGGCCGGCGGGGAGGAGGAGGAGGAGGAGGAGGAAGAAGAGGAGGUGCCCAGGCCCCCAAGCUACCUAUUACUAACCAUCUUCUCCUGCUUCUGCCCCGCGUACCCCAUCAACAUCGUGGCUUUCGUCUACUCUAUCAUGGCUCAGAACAGCUAUAACGAAGGAGACGUGGAAGGCUCCCGAAGACUCGGUCAGAACGCCAAGUGGGUGGCCAUCGCGGCCAUCAUCAUCGGCCUCCUCCUCAUCGCCGCUUACUGCAUGUUUCACUUCAGCGGAUGGACCACAUUCUGAUGGACUGUAGGUCGCCACAACUCGGCCCCAAAGAAAGAAGUUUCUGAAGAAGUUUCUCUCCAACCCCCAUCACAGACUGUUUGGUCCUUCCCCUUGCGGUCCCCUCCAGAGACAGGGCCCGCCCCGGCGAACGAACCCGACGACUGAUGUGCCAAUGCCAGCGGCACCACCACGAUGGCCCCUGCCUUGCUUGGUAAAACCUCAUCUCAGUGAAGCCCCCUCCCACCUUCUCCUCUCCGCGGAGAUCGGUGGGGGGCUGUUGGAAGGCCUCCAGAGUCCUCGGGGCUCGCCACGCCAACCGUCCUGGAUUUGGGGAGAGGGGCCCCAUGAGAACCCGCAACCCCGACCCAGCACGUUGAUGCUGUUUCCAGUGAAGGGGGAGGGGGAACAGAUGGAGUGGAUUUUGGGGUGCAUGUUUUGUACCGGGUGUAGCGGUCCCCGCUGAGGACGACCCCCAACCCGCCUCUUACCCAGAAGGAUGGGUUUGAAGGGAUCAUCUGGUCCUGUCCUCACAAAUCGCUCGUUAUUCCUGGCUGAAUCUCUCUUCCUCUCUCCUGUGGCUCCCUGCUCCCUGAACCCUGUCCACACGAGGGUAUCAACCUUGGUGCCAUGGACGUCUCAUCUCCCUCUCGUGAAUGAACCACCCAUGUACAGAAUGGGGUCUUCUCAUUCUCACACCCUGACAUGAAUGUUGCCUCUGGCUCCAUGAACCCCAAUUCCUACUGCCUGCCAACUCCCUCUUCCCCUAAAUGCCCCGGCUGGUCUAAUGUUCUUGUUAAAACUCACCUCAGGCUCUCGUCAAAUCUCCGGUUGUGGCCUGGGCCCCAGAUUCAUUCACUUCAUUGAUUCAUUCGUUCAUUCAAUCGUAUUUAUUGAGCGCUUACUGCAUGCAGAG